CCAAGCAAGCCAUUCCUUAAAUCUCUCCUCAGCCAAACCCAGAAACGCAAUCAACGACCCUCACGAUAUAGGAAUCAAUCGCAAACGGACUGAUAAGCAAACCAGAACAACAAUAAGAGUAACCAUGUCUUGUGCCAUUGCAAUUGCAAGCUAUCCUCUUGUAUCAUCACCAUCAUCUUCUCUCUUCUGCAAGACUACUACUACUUCUUCUUCUUCCUCUUGUGGGUCUCCUUCUACUUCUUCUCCUUCUUCUUCUUCACCUUCUUCGCCUUUCAGGCUGCGGUUUCAGAAGACACGGAGUGGUUUCAGGGCUUCGAAUGAGAAGAAUUCAGAACCCACGAUUUUAAAGAGUAAGAGACCAUCUAAGAUCGAUAUUCCAAUUUCUUCUUCGAGUUUCGCUGCCGCGAUGCCUAUUCCGGUGGAAGAGAAGAGGGAAGUUGAGUUCGAAAGGGAAGGGAUUUCUGUUUACUGUAAGAAAGGAAGGAGGGAAGCCAUGGAGGAUCGGUACUCUGCUGUCUUCGAUCUUCAAGAAGAUUCCAAACAGGCUUUCUUUGGUAUCUUCGAUGGACAUGGAGGUGCAAAAGCUGCAGAGUUCGCAGCAAAGAACAUGGAUAAGAAUAUCAUGGGUGAAAUGCUGAGAAAAGGAGGAAAUGAAAUUGAAGAUGCUGUUAAAAAUGGGUACCUCACCACAGACUCAGAGUUUCUGAAACAAAAUCUCCAUGGUGGGACUUCUUGUGUUACAGCAUUGAUCACGGAAGGGGAUCUCGUGGUCUCUAAUGCUGGUGAUUGUCGUGCUGUUAUGAGCAGAGGAGGAAUUGCAGAAGCCCUCACCUCUGAUCACCGGCCUUCGAGGGCGGAUGAAAAAGACAGAAUUGAGGCCCUGGGUGGCUAUGUGGAUUGCUACCAUGGUGUGUGGAGAUUACAGGGGUCUCUAGCUGUAUCAAGAGGAAUUGGAGAUGGAUCCCUCAAAAAAUGGGUUAUAGCAGAGCCAGAGACUAAAGUUUUGAACAUUAAACCAGACUGCGAGUUCUUAAUUCUAGCCUCUGAUGGCUUGUGGGACAAGGUUGCGAAUCAAGAGGCUGUAGAUAUGGUUCAUCCUCUGUGUAUUGGCACUGAUAAGCCAGAGAUUAUGUCUGCUUGUAGAAAGCUUGCAGAGCUUUCUGUAAUGCGAGGUUCAGCUGAUGAUAUUAGUGUCAUGGUAGUUCAAUUGGGUCGCUUUAUUUGAUUGAUGACACUCUCACUGGAAAAGAAGAAAUCUUUUGCUCGAUCCAUAACAGAUACCAAUUUGAUUCUGCUCUGAGUUAUUGUAAUUUUGCCCCAUUUUUAUUCAUUGUUUUUAACUAUUUUUUCAGUUAAGACUUUCACAACUCCAAUAUGGAUUGGAGAAUACAUUACUUGUACUGAUGUUCAUAAAUAAAUAAAGUUCUUUCUUUAA